GACCGUGUGCAUGGCAUUAUGAAGUAUGAAGACGACCAACAAAAUUUGCAGCAUAAUGUAGAAAGCUGGGUCUCCCUCAGAGGUCUUCCAGCAGGACAAUGACUCAAAACACACUUCAAAAAUGGUUUGAGAGAAAGCACUGGAGACUUCUAAAGUGGCCAGCAAUGGGUCCAGACCUGAAUCCCAUAGAACAUUUGUGGAGACAUCUGAAAAUGGGAUCCUUCCUCUCAGAGACCUGGCGCAGUUGGCCAAAGAAGAAUGGUCUAAAAUUCCAGCAGAGCAUUGUAAGAAACACAUUGAUGGAUACCAGAAGCGGUUGUUCGCAUUUUUUUUAUCUAAAGGUUGUGCUACCGAGUAUUAGACUGAGGGUGCCAAUACUUUUGUCUGGCCCAUUUUUGUAGUUUUGUGUAAAAUGAUAAUGAUUUUUUUUUUUUUUUUUUUUUUCCUAUGCAAGCAAAAUGAAUGAAGAUAUUACUACCAAGGCAUUUGUAAUUGCAAUCAUUUUCUGGAAGAAAUGAGCAUUAUCUGAAAGAAUUGCAGGGGUGCCAAUACUUUUGGCCAGCAGUGUACAUAUAACUUCUCAGUGGUAAAUAUGAUCAGGUUUCUUCAUUAUGUUUUUUGUCAAGUCAAAGUAAGACAUGAACAAAAAUCUGCUUUUACUUUGGAAAACAACUAGUGAUUCACGUUUUUGCCAAUUUUUGGACAUCUUACUAUCUAAAUUAGCUUCUUAAUAAGGCUGCAACAACAAAAAAGUCAACUAAUAAAUUAGUUGCCAACGAAUUUGAUCAUCGACACAGUUUUAGACUUCAGUUAAAUCAGGAAGCUGUAAUAAAAUAUUAUUUUUGAAGGAGAGAGAUGUCCAUUUUGGCUUCACUGUUACUUACAACAUGCCUAAAAGAACUUCAAGGUAAUUGAAAAAAAGUGACAUUUAUCCGAUUGAUCGUUUAAGUAAUUGUCCGAUUAAUCGAUUAUGAGAAUAAUCGUUAGUUGCAGCCCUCGUUGUGUACCUUUUUGUUACUUGGAGCGUUUUGACAGUACGUCACACUUAUAGUUUUUAUUAUAAUUGCGUGUGCGUGUAUGUGUGUUUUUGCACGCACACCACGCCCCCUCACGCAAGUACGCACGCCACUCCCCCCUCAUCAAGAAACACCCUGGCAGCGUCCGUGUGUACGUACUUGGAGCACCGCUCGGCACGCCGAGAAGGAAACCCCCGCACGGUCACCGACACCGGGACGAGUCGGACCGAGUCCCCGGCCUUCGGAGCACCCCGCCGGCUUUCCUCGCCGCUCCGACGCCGUCGCUCCCAGGUUUCGCGCCAAAAUCUGUGAUGGCGACGACUCUGACUGAAACGGGGGCAGAAGUGGGCUGACUCCGGGUCGUGCCCCCGUGUCCAAAGUAGAGGAGGCGGCCAUGGGGUCGGCUGACGAACUCAACCUCUCCUUCCUGCUGGAGCACGAGCGAAACAGCAUCUUGAAGGUUCUGCAGAAGGACGAGAAGCUGAGGAAACGAGAGGAGAAGAGGAUACGGAAGUUGAAAAACGAGUUGCUGGAGAUCAAACGGGGAGGUUCCCGGCCGCCGCGGGAGUCGACCGAGCGUCAGUGCGGCCGCUGCGUCAAGACGCUGGGCCUCAUCUUCGACCGCGGCGAGCCCUGCCUCGAGUGCCGGCUGCGCGUCUGCGCCGAGUGCCGCGUGGCCGCUCCCCAGCGCCGCCAGUGGAGAUGCAACGUCUGCGCCAAGAUCUCGGAGUUGAAGGUGGUGACGGGCGAGUGGUUCCUGGAGGAGCGAUUCAAGCGCUUCGAGCACAAACUCUCCAGCAGCGACGUGGUCAAGCAAACCAUCCUGAGCAACCCGCCGGCCCCGGAGGAGAAAACGUCCUCGGACAGCUCCACGUCCAAAUCCUCCAAGAGUUCCAAACAUCAGGCGGACGGACUCAGAAAGAAAGGGAGGGCCAAGAUGGAAAAAACGGGCGCAAGAACCUUGAAGUCGGACAACGGCAAAUCCGUUUCGGACUGGGACGCUCGCAGUGUGCGAAGCGUCCGCUCGGCUCAAAGUUCUCAUUCAAACGGCAAAAGCUUGCUAGACUCCUCCUCCUCCUCCCACGGCCGACGUUCCAAGACUUCCGACGGAUACUCCAUCGACAGCGGUGAAAGGAGGGUCAGGCCCGACGGCGCCGAGAGCGUUUCCAGCUUCCGGUCCGGCAGCAGCGCGCCCGAGAAGAAAGGCGCGCCCGCCAUUUCCGUGUCCCAGGCUUCUGUGUCGUCAGAUCACAGUCGCUCGGAGAUGGACCUGUCGGCCGUCGCUUCCGAACACAGCGACGACUCCUUGAGUCUGAGGAGCCGUUCCGUGCCCGGACUCAACCAGACGGAGCUGGACCCAGAGGAAGACGUGGAGGCCCUGAUCUGGGCCCACAAGCCGACGCCCGGACGCCAGCUGAGCAACGCAGUUUCCACGUCUUCCACUCCUGCUUCCGAGAGAAGGUGGGCCUUACUCAAUGUCCCGGACUCUGACGCCGAGACAAGUAGCAUCGGCAGUAUGAUGAGCAUGUACAGCGAGACGGGCGACUACGGCAACGCCCGCGUCAGUGGCGAGAUCCUCCUAAACAUCAGCUACAGCUACAAGACGGGCGCGCUGGACGUGCUGGUCAAAGAGUGUCACAACCUGGCCACCGGGGAUGACAGAAAACAACGCACCGACGCCUACGUGAAGACGUACCUGCUGCCGGACACGUCGCGCCAGAGCAAGCGGAAGACCGGCGUCAAGCCCAACAGCGUCAAUCCCGUUUUUAACGAGAACCUGAGGUACGUGAUCAGCCGCUCCCAGCUGGAAACGCGCACCCUGCAAGUAUCGGUGUGGCACCACGACCGCUUCGGACGCAACAGCUUCCUGGGGGAAGUGGAGCUGGCCUUUGACUCCUGGGAGUUGGAUUCCCAUAUCGACGAGUGGUUCGCGCUGCAGCCUAAGCCGGAGAGCAACGUGGACGCCGACGUGGAGUACAAGGGAGAACUGACUGUGGUCUUGAAGUACAUUCCUGCAGAGAAGAACCUCAUGCUGCCUCUGGACCAAGUACAAGUGAAGAAAGGCUUCCUGAAAGGCAAGAAGAAGAGCACCUUCACCCCACCCAAAGGGGGCAUGGUGGAGCUGCUGGUCAAGGGGGCCAAGAACUUAACCGGGGUCAAGUCCGGAGGGACGUCGGAUCCUUUUGUCAAAGGUUACCUGCUCCCGGACAGCCACAAGUCCACCAAGCACAAGACGGCGGUGGAGCGGCGCACGGUGCAGCCGCAGUGGAACCACACCUUCACCUACUGCGGCCUGCAGCCGGGCGACCUGGACAACGUGUGUCUGGAGCUCACCGUCUGGGACAAGGAGGCCCUGGCCAGCAACGUCUUCCUGGGCGGAGUUCGCCUCGGGGCCGGCACAGGCAGAAGUUACGGGAACAAGGUGGACUGGAUGGACUCGUACGGUGAGGAGCAGCAGCUGUGGCGUCGCAUGAUGGAAAACCCCGAAGUCCCCCAGGAGUGUACGCUGAUGCUGAGGUCCAGCAUGCGCAAGUCCACCUCCGAUGACCCCCGACCGUCGUAAGCAAAACCUGAGAGACGUUUCGCAAAAAUGACUGAUUUGCGUGUUUUUUCCUCCCAUCUCCUUACUUUUUCAACCCCCUUCUAUAGUGGCCCAUCGCUUAUUAGCAGUUUUACAUUUUGUGGGCCGGAAUCUGUUUACAUUUUUAAAAGACUAUUUAUUCAGAUCCUGAGUGUCACUGAACUAUAAAAAACACUUAGUAGUACUUCAUCAGUGCCUAGUGAAGAAUUAUGAGGUUUUGAAGGAAAAAAAAGCCCAUUUUUUUUCCAUAAUACAUUUUCAGAAGGCAUAUUUUAUGUGCGAUUUAUGCUAUUAGUGCUCAGUCAGGAGCAAAUUGCACUCGUAAGUCAAGGCACAUUGAAAAUAGAAGUUGAAUCGGACCAUCGGUAAACGUGUUGUGGUGGUUAGCAUCUUAGCACGCUAAUGUUAGCAUUUAGCUCAAAGCACAACCAAGUCGCACUGCCGGUCUCGCUAGCAGCAUUUAGCACGGUCGUCUCGUCCGGACCGUUCAAUUUAACAGAUCGUAUUUCAUUGAUGAAUACAUUCCAUGCCUGCUUAAUAAAAAAAUUUUUAAAAAGUACUCCAGCCUAUGAUGGAGUAUUAGGGCCAAAUACAGUGAGAGGAAAAACAAAUUGGAAGAUAAGAAUGAAGUGGAUGCAGUAUAGCUAAUGUAGCUAAAUUAGCUUCACGUAGCGCUUCUCCGCCAGUACUGUGUUUUAGAAUUGGUUUCAUAAGUAAAGAAAUCCUUAAUAUUUCAGUUUAUCGACUUCAAAUUAUAAUCAAUUUGUAUUAAUAUUUGGUCAUAACUCCCAGCUAUGACAAGCUUAUUUACGUUAACACCGUUGCAGCUAAUUUAGCUAAACUAGCUGUCUUUCUCAUACUAAUGCUACGGUUCGAAUCUCGUCAUUCUUUUUCCCGUACUAAUACGACUUUAAUCACGUAAUAUUACGACUCUUUUCUCAUAUUAUUACCACGACUAUUCUCGAUAUAUUACGACUUUAAUCAUUUUAUUACAACCUAUGACUUUAUUCUGGUAAUAUUGCAAAGUUGUAAUAUGACAACAGAUGAGUUUUUUCAUAAAAUGAUGAUUUUAAAGUAAUAUUUCAACGCAUAACUUUAAAGUCGUAACAUUACCAGAUUAACCUUGUAAAAUGUACCGUUUUCCUCGUAACAUUACCACUUUAAUCUUGUUAUAUUACAACAGAUGACUUUAUUCUAGGGCUGUCAAACGAUUAAAAUUUUUAAUCAAGUUAAUUACAGCUUUAAAAUGAAUUAAUUGUAAUUAAUCACAAUUCAAACCAUCAUAAAAUAUGCCAUAUUUUUAUGUAAAUUAUUGUUAGAAUGGGAAGCUAAUACACAAGACGGAUAUAUACAUUCACCAUACGGUACAUAAGUACUGUAUUUGUUUAUUACAACAAUAUAUCAACAAGAUGGCAUCAGCAUUAACAUUCUGUUAAAGCGAUCCAUGGAUAGAAAGACUUGUAGUUCUUAAAAGAUUAAUGUUUGUACAAGUUAUCGAAAUUUUAGAUUAAAACCCCUCUUAAUGUUUUUGUUUUGAUAAAAUUUGUAAAAUUUUCAAACAAAAAAUAAACUAGUAGCUCGCCAUUGUUGAUGUCAAUAAUUACUCAUUGCUCAUGUCAUGGUGCUUUUAUGUCAUGUCAUUUUAUGUCAUGUCAUGGUGAAAUUAAUCUUGUAUUAUCACUACGUUUUUCUCAUAACAUGACGACUUUAAUCUUGUUAUAUUAAAACGGAUUACUUUAUUCUCGUAACAUGAUGAUUUUAAACUGGUGAUAAUGUGACUUUAAUCUCGUAUGAUUACAAAUCAUCACUUUAUUCUUAUAGUCCUUUUCUUUGUUUGGAAAACACUGUAUUUGGGUAAACUCGUGUGGGGAAACGCCAACAAAAGAGCACACGGGAGUUGAGCACUGAUAAAGCUAAACAUAGUAGCUUCAUAGCAUUCCUGUACUACUGCAACUACUAAUACUUGUAGAAGAUGAUUUUAGAUGAUGAGCCCUAACAGCUGAAUUUUUAAUGUACAGCAUGUGUUUGGUUUGUGUGUCCAACCUGUUUCAUGUCAUGACAAAAAUAUUUUGAAAAUAAAUCUAAAACCUUUUACACAGAAUGCUUUGCGUCAUUGAGUGUUCUUUUAACCUCAUUUGACAUAUUCAGCAUUUCAAGGCCACAUUAAGUCAAGGUCAAAGAUCAAGCUGAGGAUCAUUUGUAUGGACGUUCCUCAAAAACAUGUAUAAUCAGGUUUAGUUUUCACCUUUAAAACCAAUAUGGUAAAAAAAAAAAUUGUUUUUUGGACUAUAUUUAGUAAGGCUUUUUUGCUGUCAAAAAACCAACCGUGUAUUGUUUUGUUUUUUUUGUUCUGGAAAACAACCGUAAGCCGUUUUUUUAAAUAAAAAUGACCAUGUAUAGUAUUAGGAUUUUUUUUUUCUGAAGAAAUAGCCAUGUAUAGUAAGGCUUUUUUUAUUUUAAAAAAAUUACCAUGUAUAGUAAGGUGUUUUUCCCCAAAACACGACAAUGUAUAGUAAAGCCUGUUUUCUUCUUUCAGAAAACAAUGUACAUGGUGAUUCAAAAAGAACGUGCCAAAACCAUCAUGUGGUAGAUCAAAAAUAUAUUUUAAAAAAACGUAUAGUAGUAAGCUGUUUUUUAAAUAAAAAUGACCAUGUAUAGUAUUAG